AUGUCUAGCCUCGCCGACAGCUUGACCUCUAUCGGGCCUUCCCAGCCUGAUCUGACUUCCACAGAUGAAUCAGACGAAGCUUGGGACCUAGAAUGUGUCGACCUCAAAGGCAUCGACGCUCUGAGCGUUUCCCAACUGAAGAGCUCACUGAUCGCGUGGAUGAAAAAGCAGCGUGCUACCGAAGCGGAGCUGGAGGUCACAAAGGCUACUCGGCGUAGAGCAACCAUGCGGAUGCAAGACGAGAUCCUCGAACUCAAGAGAGAGCUGUGGGUAGCCGGUAGAGCUGCCGACGUGGCCCGCCGAGAAAGGGUGCGAGGCGAGCUUCGUGCCGAGAUCGAGAAGGAGCUCGCCAUCCCACCAAAGCUGCCACCAGUAAAGCUGGAGGACGCCAUUGGCCGCCACUUUCUGAUCCCCUUCGACAAGUGCAAGCAAUGGAGAGACAUGCAACUCCUGAUCGAAAAGGCCUUCGACCACGUCGAGGGCCUGAGCUGUCACGUCUACACCGGUCGCUACGACCUGCUUGGCCCAGACAACGAAAUUCUCAUGGCCGAGUACUGGGAGCAGGCUGUCCGACCAGGCAUGACCAUCAAGCAGAUGCUCUGGCCAAUCCGAGAACGCAGCCGCUCGACAUCACAUCGACGUUCUCCCGCUUCCGGCGUCGAGAUCAUCGAUCUGAACCCUCCAGCCUCCAUGUCCUCCUCAACAUCUUCCGCUGGCUUCCUGGAACGCCGCAGAUCCAUCGAUGUCCUGGACAGGAGCCGUGCCUCUUCGCCAGGUUGUGACGACGCUUUCGUGACCUCGCUCUCCGAAAUCUUGGGGAACAGCAGCCUCGCCGAGAAGGAGACGAAGAAGGAGGGGAUGGAUGAACUCGACUCCUAUGACGUCGUCGCCUAUGAGGAUGUCCUGCCGGGCAACCGUCCCGCUGCUAGAUCAAAGGAUAAGAGGCCGAAACGUACACGGUCUACCUACGGCCUCCCGUGCGCGUUCUGA